UGCUAGGGAUUGGUCACCGAAACAUUAUUUGCUGUCAUCUAGACGAUUGCAGUUCAACGCAAAGGACAUCAUCGGCACGCAGAUACAUACCAGAAGACGAAUCUCGGGAAUAAUAUUGAUUCAUAAUUAGUGAAAGUUAUUUUGAAAUCGUAAUGGCAACUCCAACGCACGAAUUCAAGGUGGAAAUGACCUGCACCGGUUGCUCGGGGGCGGUGGAACGGGUCCUCGGAAAGCUAAAAGAAAAAGUCGAAAAGGUGGACAUCGAUUUGGAAAACAAGAAAGUUUUCGUCACCUCGACGCUUUCCUCCGACGAGCUGUUGGAAACCAUCAAGAAGACAGGCAAGGAAACGAGCUACAUUGGACUGAAAGCUUAGACUGCAUGCAAUAUGAAGGUGCGAUUCAGGGACGUUCUCAACUGUAAUUUCCUGGUAAUGAUAUUCUGCGGCAAUUAUAUGAAUGAGUCCAGUUUAUUUUCUUAUGUUACGAGUAUCGAAGCAAACGCGAUUAUGUUAGGAUAGCGUUUUUUGUUCUUAAAUUCGAACGAUUGAACCAGGAAGAAACGGUUAUUGUAUGUAGUAAAUGCGACAGGGAUUACGUACUGUGACUGGUUUAUGUAUGACCUCUAAUGCUAUUAAAAUAUAUUUCAAAUCUAUGUACAAUUGUAAAA